UGGAAAUGUAAGGAAAAAUGUGCUGAUCUUUCCCUUCUUUGAUCGUAAACCACCAUGAGUGAAAUUGCAGCUUUGAUACGCCAACUCAGAAUAAAAUCUGGAGCAGCAAAACGACUUUGGAAGGAAAACACUCUCUAUCGCAAAGAUACUGUGGAUCUACAACUGAAACUUGACAAGAUGAUCGCUGAUGGUGCAGAAGAGUGGGACCUGAAAAACGCUAGAAGACUGGUUGAAGAAUCGCAAAAGAUGGUGAUUGAUACUAGUGUCAGGAUGGGGAGAGCCGUAGGUGAACUCAGAGACGUUGUGAUAAAGGCAAGGACAGAGCCUCUAUUGGCCGAAGAUAAUGAUUUAUUGUCGGCGGAAGCUUUCCUAGAAGAAGCUGCCUUGUAGGGAUCAGCGAAGGAGAAAAUUUGUACUUCUGAGCUCUGACCUAUGUAUAUGUAUCGAUGUAAGUAUAAUCGACUAACAGAGGUGUCAUUAUCAAGGA